GUGAUGGAUGGAUGGAUGGAUGGAUGGAUGGGGGUUGUAUAAAUACAUGUAUCGCUCACACUUCUACUUUGGCUUUUGAGUGACUUGUCUAGUCCAGUAUUGUCUCAUCUCCAAGUUCUCCGAUCUUUCAUGCCUCUCAUGUGCUACGACACAUCACAUUUUAACGAAUCCAAGUGCACAAAUCAAGUAGCAGGCAAACAACAAGUGUAUGCAUAUCUAUAUCCAUUCCAUUCCAUUCCAUUUCCUUCCCGUCAUCUCCAGCCCAGCCCAGUCCAGUCACAUCCCAAAUCCAUCGUAAAGAAGAGUAGCAUACCCGACUCGCUAACUGAACACAGCAGACGCCCCCAAAGCCCGAGAAAGAAAAAGAAGAACGCCAUGCAAAUGAAUAGAAUCGCCCCCAAUAGCCCGUCAAACAAAUCCGCGCCAGAAACCAUGCAGAACAUAACAUAAUCGGGGAGGGGAGGCGCUUACAAAGUCACGACCAAGCGUGGGGUUCCUUGAAGUCCCGCAAAACACGACGACUUCUUUUGUUGCUGGGUGGCUACUGCUGCUGCCUCGCCCGGA